AUGGACGGCACAAGGCUGCUGACAGGGCACAAGUGCGGGGAUGUCUGUGUCUGGGAUGCUGAGCAUGGCAAGCUCAUCGCGUCGUUGAGCGGCGUCCACAAGUUUCAGAUUCUGGCCUGCCACUUCAUUGGGAUGUCCAAAAACAGUGUGGCUUCGCUUGACCAAUCUUGCAGUCUUGUGACUUGGAAUCUGAUCACCGGGACGACAACAGUUGCAGAGAUAGCAAGGGGCGUGAAAAUGGAAGCACUUGAUCCAGAACGUUGUGAAAUUGCCUUCAGCCACGAUGGCUCCUUGCUGGCGCUGACUUUGAAUACACCUGUGGAUUUCUGCAUCCUUCGGAAGGCAGCCAAGCUGGACAAGUCAAAAAAAGACGUGUCCAGGAAAUCACGGAAAACUAUGACGCAAGGGGACAAAGGCCUUCGUGCUGCUUUCCUUGACCUCUACAGGUUAGAUGGCAACACAGAUGGAGGUACUCCAAAAAGGGAGGCAAGGCUCACCGUUGCCUGGAGACCUGAAACCCCAUACUCUCUGAAUGGUGUGCAAUUUGCGGACAAUGGGAACGGCCUGCUGGUUGGGAUGUAUUCCUCAGACGAGUUGAUGCCAGGGUAUGUGGUGGUGUGGCCAGAUUGGCAUUCCCCAGAUGUGAGCCUUUCCCUGUCUGGAAGCCUUGGAAGCUGGUCCAAGGACGGCAACCUGGUGGUGACAUGGGAUCCAUUCAUCAGAGGAACAGGCCACAAAUCGGAAAAGGCAAGUGGUGCAUGUUUUGUGUGGGACAUUGUCGGAUUGAGGAACAGAGCGAUGAGUGUGGGUUCAGGCGAUGCGUUUGGAGCGCGAGGCAUCUACCUCACUCCCAGUGCCCUGACAUAUGAGGAAAUGAUCAAGGAGGAUGUGCCGGUCAAGAAAAGGGAAGAGACCUCAAGCAGUGAAGGCCUCAGAGAAAAUUUCCAUGGUCAUCCAGAGCUCAGCCCAAGAUUCAUUGCUGAUGAAGCAGUGUUUGAGAGUUUGUCAGACGUUCUAUGGGCCAGAUUUGUGUGGGCACCCAAGGGCGAACACAGGCUGGCGACCUGUGCCGUGGAAAUGGAUAUCCGAAUGCAAAUCUGGAAAGUCGAGAAGAAAACCCUUCAUCUUACACUGACGACUGGCAUUGAGCGUUCUGAAAGGCUGGAUGACUGGGCCAGAGACUUCAUCACAGGAAAUGAGACUGAGAGCGUAGCUGUGUCGCCGGACCAGUGCUGGCUCGGCUUGUAUGUGGAGAAGGAGAACAAGGGCUUUAUCUGGAAUGCAGUGGAGGGUGUGAGGUUGCUCAAUAUAUCUCUUCCUGAUGGCGACUUGAUCAAGAACUACAAUCUCAGCUUUGGAGGCCAUGGAUGCAGAAUGGCGAUGAUUGCAAAGGUCAACUUCCUCCUGUGGGACACUGGGGCUCUCAGUGGUGCAGACAGAGGAACUGGAAGACAGAUGUGUCACUACACACUACCGAUGGAAGCACAUGAUGGGUCACUGGUCAAAACGCUGAGCGGAAAAGACAGGCGUGGAGGUGGGGACAAUCAUCCAAUCGUUGAUUUGAAGUUUUCCUUCCUAGGAAACAAACUUGGGAUAUUCCGGAGGGCCUCUUCAGUCUUGCAUGUGCAAGACUUCGAGACGCAAGUCUUGCUCCAUCUCAAGGAAGACAAGAAAAACUCCUCCAACUUCCAGGCUUUCACCUUCUCACGCGAUGGCAGCAGGCUGGUGGGUGUGUUGGGUGAUGGAAGUGUGCAUUUGUGGAAUACUGCUGCUGUACUGGGGGUUUCUCCAGAAGAGGGUCUGCACUUUCAGUAUCCUGUGGCUCAACUAGGACGGCUGGAUGGCUAUUUUCACGGUGCCAGCGGAGUAGUGUUCUCCAGUGAUGAAACAGGCAAGGAAAUGGUAGUGGUGUGCGAUGAUGGUGGCACCCUUGUGUGGCUGGACACAGAACUCUGCGUGGAAGUGCACAGAUUGAAAGCAUUGAACAGCGCAGAGGGGGAUUUGCUUGCUGCUUGCCUGUUCAAGGCAGAUGGUUCAAGCGUCGCACUGCAUACAGACAGGGAUGCUGCUAUUGUCAUCGACAUUGUCAAGCGCAAGAUGAUUGGACGCAGUGAGUUUACACACCAUGUUCAAGAAGCACGCAGUUUUCCUGACAACAUUGCAGGCGAUUCGAGCCUGGCGGUGGCCGGCUGGGAUGACAUCACAAACAAGCCCAUCGUGUGCCGGCCUGGAGAGCAUCUUGAUCUGUCAAUGUCAGACAGUGUAUAUAUGAAUGUGGCCAUUUCAGAGGAUGGUGCAUGGCUUGUGAAAGAUGACAUCAGCAAUGCACCCAGCACUGCAAAGGACAAGGGAGCACUUUGUAUGCACAUUGUGUCAAGGUCCAAUGGAAGAGUGCUGGUGAUGCCUAUCAUAGCUGGGGCGCACACAAAGGAGCUUCGGACAGACCGUAUUCCAACCCCUGAAGUGCUGGCAAUAUCUCACAAUGGCCGUCGCAUCGCCUGUGCAGGGUCCGAUCAGGUUGUGGUGUGGACACCAUAUGCGACAAAGGGGUGUGUCCCAGACUACUGCACACUAGAUGCCAGCGGCAUCUUGAACAACAAGAGGGCGUUUGAGGCUAUCGUGAUGGAGCAUGGACCAGCUGUGAUGAACAGGGCAGAUGCGCAGGGGGUUCCAUUCAUCAUGAGUGCGAUUGACCAUGAGAAAGCCACUGCUCUCAAAGUUGUGCUGAAGUAUUGCCAGAGCACAAGGACUCGCCUGCUGUUUUUCACACACAGCCAGAAUCCGAUGAUGAAUCCGCGCCAAGGAAGGUGCAAGAAUGCAGUGGGGUUAGCCAUAGAACGGCGGUUGCCUGACACAGUGGUUCGGCUGAUUCGAGCGAUGUAUGACGGUGUGGUGUCCCGCAAUGUGAUGGCCAGCAUUUUCAAGGAGACACUAGUACCUCUGGGACGCCGCUACCCAUCUCUGUUCCUGGAGGCCAUCUCAGGGGGGCAUGGAGGCCAUGGGAUGCCUGUUACCAUCGGAAAGAUAAAUGUCCCUGAGAGGCUUCUGGGGGACCAUGGCUUUGUUGCUGAAACAUUCCCGAAGUUCCUUGACCUUGAUGUGCAGAAGUUGUGGAGCCGGACACUGCCAGUGAGCCGAAGGCGCUCGGAUGAAGUCAUGGUGCCAGCGCUGGCCCAAGCCUACCCAUACCCUGGCUGCUGCAAGGUGGGAAUGAAUGGCCUGCUGAGGCACCUGCUUGUGUCAAAAGGCAUUCCUGACCAGGCUUUCUCGACAUCCCUUGUGCAGAGCAUCAUCACAUUCAAGUGGCAGGCAUAUGCACACAAGAUGGUGGUCAAGGAGGCGAUCACCUACUGCAUCUUUGUCAUCCUCUUCACAGCAUAUGCGAUUGUGCUGGGCAAGGACCACGAUGGCAGUUCCUUGUUCGGUGGAAGCGACAACAGUGAUGAAGACAACGAUGAUGUCACAGAACUGAUCCUGUUGGCAAUCUGUGCCCUUUGUGCACUUUUCAAUCUGAAGGAGGAGUUCCACCAGCUGAGGACCUAUGUGAGGGAAGGACGAGAGCAUGGCUUCAAUGGCUUGGGUUGCUGGGCUUUGUCGAAGUGGAAUGCCCUAGAGAUUGGUUCAUCUAUCAUGGUUGCCUUCGUCCUUCCAGCUAUGCAACUUACAGCAAACACCGAAGAAAGGCAGCAGUGGCAGUCCGUGCUGGUAGCAAUGACAGCGAUCACUGUGUGGUGGAAACUUCUCUACUUCGCCACCCCCUUCAAAGCCACGGGACCUCUGGUCAUCGUGAUAUUUGAAGUCAUCAAGGACAUUUUCUUCUUUGUAUUCUUGCUGGUCGCCAUCAUGUUUGGUUUCUCUGUGGCAUUUUUCUUGGCCUUUCGACACGAUGUGGGUGAUGUCGAAAUGGCUGCAGAGGAACUUGAUGCAGAAACCCUAAAAGAGCUUCAAGAAGUGAGCGAUGCCUUUGGGCACUAUCAGAACGCUUUGUUUACAACCUUUGGAAUGAUGCUUGGGGACUUUGAGCUGGGCUUGUUUUAUGGGAAAGCACUCCGCAUUUUCCCAAGGCUGCUGUUUGUGCUGUACAUGGCAAUAAUGAUGAUUAUGAUGCUCAACCUUCUCAUCUCGCUGAUGGGGUUCUCUUUCGACAGAGUGAAGCAGAGUGAAGAAACCACGUUUUUGAAAGCCAGGGCGCUGGUCAUUGACGACAUGGAGAGCAUGGCAAACAGCGACACCAAGAGACUGAUUGAAUCAAAAAUCUCUGAGUUUCUCCACAUCAUCGUUCCACGACAUUCCUCACACACCGCGAAACAAGAGCAGCAGGAGCAGCAGGAGCUUCAAGAGAAGCUGGAGAAGCAACUUGAGCAAGCUGUCCGUGAGUACGGAAGCACGUUGAGGAACGAGCUGAUGGGCGAGCUGGGCAUGCUUGCUGCCAGGCAAAAGUCCAGUUUCGUUGGCCUCAAGGAGGCUGUGGAGGAACGGUUGGAAGACACCUCCAAUGCUCUCAUUGGUGAGAUGCGUCGGAUGCUGAGCCCCCGAGGGGGCUGA